GCCCCGUUAGCGAGGACACGGUCCACCACACCAAUUUGCGCCUUCCAAACUCGAACUUUUCUCGCAUCACCGUCCUUCCCUACCGCCCACCGCACCCUCACGAGAUACCUCAGUCGCCUCCGCCACAGAGAAUCUCCCGUUAAACCGUCAAAAUGGUCAAGACUUCCGUCCUCAACGAUGCGCUCAACGCCAUCAACAACGCUGAGAAGGCUGGCAAGCGCCAGGUCCUGAUCCGUCCUUCCUCCAAGGUCAUCGUCAAGUUCCUCACUGUCAUGCAGCGUCACGGAUACAUUGGCGAGUUCGAGGAGGUCGACGACCACCGCAACGGCAAGAUCGUCAUCCAGCUCAACGGCCGCAUCAACAAGACCGGUGUCAUCUCUCCCCGCUACAACGUCCAGCUCCGCGACAUGGAGAAGUGGGUCGUCAAGCUACUUCCCUCGCGUCAAUUCGGUUACAUCGUCCUCACCACCUCCGCUGGUAUCAUGGACCACGAGGAGGCCCGCAGGAAGCACGUUGCUGGCAAGAUUCUUGGUUUCUUCUACUAGAGGCUGUCUCGAUAUGUGGUGGUGUGGGAUUCAAUAUACCCUGGCUUGGGCAAGCAUAUGUUUGGCCAAGUAAGCCCAUCAUGGGAACGUUGGACGAAGAAACGACAAAAGUUCAUGACUGGGAAAUUUGCAACAUGUCCGCUGUGAUGCUCGUGAUUAAGAUUGUCUGUGGAAGACGAAGACAGCUUGUACGACGUGAUUAUUGCAUCUUCCGACAUUGAGAUGUUGCCAUUAGAAUCCAACGGCGAACCACUAAUGCAUGGUGAAGGUUAGGGUAUUUGAAAUA